AUGCAGGUGCCCGUGGCCGCCCUCACCAUCCUGUUCUUCAUGGAGGCCCUCUGCCCCCAGACCUGCUCUGCCUUUGGAGCCGGCACCCCGACCGCCUGCUGCUUCUCCUAUAUCUCCCGGGCGAUUCCACUCAGAUUUGUGGACGCCUAUUCUGAGACCAGCAGCCUGUGCUCCAGGCCAGCUGUCGUCUUCCUCACCAAGAGAGGCCGGCAGGUCUGUGCCGACCCCAGUGAGGCCUGGGUCCAGGAAUACGUCACCAACCUCAAGCUGAAUGCCUGA